UAAGGGGAAGAUUAUAAGUAUCCAGUGUAUAGUUACGGAUUUGUUUUCGCUCCCUGUUGAUACAUUUGGCUCUUGGGCGGCGACCAAGCAGUAGGCGGCGCUCUUGCUUUGUAGCAGCGACCCCUUCACUUGCCGCGCGCCCUCUAUUCAGUUCUAUUAUUAUACGAGCCAUAGGCGCAUGGGUUCGAAUAUUAAAAUAUAGUGUGAAAUGGGUGAGUAGCUCGAUGCUGGGUGAAAGGAAAGAAAAACAUCGCUUUUCAGCACCUCUUAGUCGCUGUAUUAAUAAUUUGGAAAGUGCAGCUUAUUGGACCUUUCGGAAUAUUUUAGUCAAAUUCUCAACAUGUCUGUGUUCCAGCGGUGAAUCUGAAAAGUAAAUAGUAAACAGUAAACUUUUUUACAGGCAAUGCUGUUCAUCUGGGUAACAUAGAUGCGCUUCUGUCUAAAAUGUUUCAGCGUCAACAGUGAGUGGAGAGAAAAGUGCUUAUUUGUUAAAAUAAAAAAACACUUUUUUACAUUUUAUAUUUAUUAUAAUUCCUUUAAAGUCGUUAAUCUUUACUGGUCGAUUUAUUUAUAUUGUUUCCAUAUAAUUAUCACGGUUGAAAAUAAUGAUGCAAAACUGUACAUUUGAACUAUUAACUCACCUCAGUAUCAUAUUCAUACGCGCAUACAAAUUUUCUGUUUAAUUUGAAGUAAAUCAUGUUUCGAAAAAGAUUAAAUUUUAAUCCUUUUUAGCUGUUUAAAAAGACAGACUAGCUUUCCAGCCAGAGUUUUAUUAAUUUUUUGAAAUAUAGACAGCUAAAGUAGGAGCAUUUCACCGGCGGGCAUUUUUUUAACCUCUUUACCCAUAAAACUGUGAAAGACAAAACGAUUAAAAGCGCAACAAAUUAUUAAGCAGCAUGCGAAUGUCAUUGUUCAUUUUAAAAUGCAUAGGAAACCACUGUGUCAGAGAGCUGGAAUUUCGACAUUUUUCUAUGCAAAGUUUGGCGUGUCUUUAAAGAGAGGAAUAUAGAGAAAGGCUGUUUGAAAAAAGAAAAUAAAGUUAAGUAAUUAAAAGCAGAAAUCCAACAUUUGUAGAGUUUUGAAAAGAGAGAAAAGCCCCUUACAGCACUGCAGCCGCGACCCAGUCGCUGUAUGAUUCGGGAGCAAAAACACUUUUUCCUUCCACCUUCGCCCAAUUUCCCCUUUAUCAAUAAAAAAGGGACUUUUUAUUGGCCGACUGCAGAGGUGUCUCGAGCCGCGUGCACCUCGGCUCGGGCGGGCGGCCGCCGCUAGCCCCGCCCUUUAUGCUAAUGAGCCUCGCCGAGGUAGCGCCGCGAUUGGCCAGGGGAAACCCAUUUAUUGCCUGACAGCCACCUCGUCACAUGAAUGGUCGUCUAUUAACUUGUUCAAAAAAGUGCGUGGAGUUGUCAAGACGCGUCCGGAGCGGGGGGAGCGCGGCUCGUGGAGCAACGCGAGAGCGAGCAGAGCAGGAGAAGGGAAAAAAGUGACCUUAUAAUUUGGGGACAUCUGAGGGGGAAAAGUUUGGCGAAGACUCCCAGGUAGCACCGUGCGCGCGCGCGCCUCCGAGCCGGACUCCUUCCUGUUGCUUGUCCUCCUUCUUCUUGUCCUCUUCCUUCCUUCGAUCCUCUUUGACUUUGUCCCCGUCGCUCCGCUCCCGGCCCCGGCGAAGCAGCAGCAGCAGCAGCAGCAGCAGCGGCAGGUUGGUUCCUCGCACUCGGGCUUAAUGUACAGCAUGAUGGAGACCGAGCUCAAGCCCCCCGCCCCCCACACCAACCCCGGGGGCAACGGCAACUCGGGCUCGAACCCGCCCGGGAGCGCGCAGAAGAGCAGCCCCGAGCGCGUGAAGCGGCCCAUGAACGCGUUCAUGGUGUGGUCGCGGGGCCAGCGCAGGAAGAUGGCCCAGGAGAACCCCAAGAUGCACAACUCGGAGAUCAGCAAGCGCCUCGGGGCCGAGUGGAAGCUGCUGUCCGAGGGCGAGAAGAGGCCCUUCAUCGACGAGGCCAAGCGGCUGCGCGCGCUGCACAUGAAGGAGCACCCGGAUUACAAAUACCGGCCCCGCCGGAAGACCAAGACCCUCAUGAAGAAGGACAAGUACGCGCUGCCCGGCGGGCUCCUCGCGCCGGGGGGCAACGCCAUGGGCGCCGGCGUGGGCGUGGGCGUGGGGGCCGGCUUGGCCCCGGGGGUCAACCAGCGCAUGGACAGCUACUCGCACAUGAACGGCUGGAGCAACGGCGGCUACGGCGUGAUGCAGGAGCAGCUCGGGUACGCGCAGCACCCGGGGCUGAGUGCGCACGGCGCGGCGCAGAUGCAGCCCGUGCACCGGUACGACGUGAGCGCGCUGCAGUACGGCUCCAUGAGCGGCGCGCAGACGUACAUGAACGGCUCGCCCACGUACAGCAUGUCGUACGGCACGCAGCAGGGCGCGCCCGGCAUGAGCCUGAGCUCCGUGGGAUCCGUGGGUUCGGCCGUCAAGUCGGAGUCCGGCUCCGGCAGCCCCCCCGUGGUCACUCCGUCCUCGCACCCCAGGGCCGCCCCCUGCCAGAGCGCGGACCUGCGGGACAUGAUCAGUAUGUACCUGCCGGGGGCAGACGUGGCCGAGCAGACGGGCGGCGCGAGCAGGCUGCACGCGCCGCAGCACUACCAGAGCGCGCCGGUGGCACCGGGCACGACGCUCGGGGGCACGCUCCCGCUCACGCACAUGUAGGGCUCAUGAACGUUUCUUACACAAAGUGGACUAUUUUUGUACAGAAUCUGUUUUGGGGCGGGGGAGGAUGGGGGAAGCUGUAUAGAACUCAUGGAACGAACACAAAACUUUUUUAAUUAUUAUUUUUUUCUUAUUCAUUUUCAAGGAAAAUGUUCUAGUGGACCGGUAAACGUCUAUCAAUAAAAUGUUUUAUUAUUGCAACAAAUAAAAAGAAAAGUUUUGUACAGUAUUUAUAGGAAACUGAGCAAUCAAGAUGUCAACGUUUCCAAAAUGAUGAAAAUUGCCCCAGUGAUUAUUAUUCUGCAGUAGAGGAAGACGGAAGCGGCAGGACAGUGGGGUCAUAAUGCUGCAAAACAGAGAAAGGGAAAAAAGUAAAGUGAAAACAAAUCAGGUGAAAGUGUACCUUGAAGGGUUAUACUGAGAUAAAACUCCUUUUUAUUAUAUUUUAUUUUAUUUUUUAAUUUUGUUGCUUAUA